UUUACAACACUGACUGCAACUCCAGCGAAUUGUUAUGUUUAUUUUCCGCCGAAAUAAAUGAUUAUUAUCUGAACUUAUACGGAAAGCUGAUUCCAACGAGACAAUGAAAACCCCUGGGGCUGCGAACACAGACCCUGAGCAGAACAAAUCAUCGCACAACAAGGUCAGCAAGAAGUCCACAAAGUCGCGCUCCAAGUCCACAAAGUUGGAGGUGGGAGGAAGCAAAACGUCAACUUCUGCCCUGGGAUCAGGUGUGGGUGUGGGAGUGGGCAGUCUACCGGCCACGCCCACCCAUGUACAUAUGGUAGCGACGCCCACAACACCGACUUCUAGCCAUGCCAACUAUAACAUGUUCGAUGCCUCCUUUGCGGUGGCCGGAGGCGGGCACGGAGUGGCAGGAGUCUCUGCGGCUGAGGCCUCAGGCAACACCAGUCGUAUGAGUCAUCACAAAAGUUAUGCAGGCUUCGACCCGCGCAGCGUAAAAAUCUUCUGGGAGCAGCACGACCAAACGGACGUGGAGUUGUCUCAGGAUGUGUGCGCACGGCUCGCCGAGGAUGCAUCCUAUAAAGUGUGGGAGCUAAUCAAUAACGUGAAGAUAUAUUCGCGCCAUUCGGGCGGUGUGGUGACCUACGAUCUGGUCAAUGAGGUGCUCAAAGAUGCCGACGUGCCGCCCAUGUUAGGUGCCAUGGACAGUGACUGGGAUCGCAUUGACUACGACGGCAGCUACUACUAUCAUUCGGAUAAGAUUUUCGAGCUGCGGGACGAGUUCCAGAAGGAGAUCAGCCUCAGCCUGCCAGACGACGCGGAUUUUCACAGCUUGUGCCCCGUGGAGGACAAGCACACGGAACAGCUGAAGUUGUCUGUCCAGAGUCUGGUCACAGCUGCUCUCUUUGCCGACAAGAAGACCCAGUCUGCGGCGCUUGCCUUUGCCUUUCAGACGCCUCUCAUGGGCUCCAUUUAUCGUGUCAUAGUCAGCAAGAUGCUCCAGCUGCUGGCGUUCAAGCAGCAGGAUCAACUGAGCCGCCGCUGCUGGCGGCUGCUUCGCGCCUGUAACUACAAUUCGCAGGCAAACCAAAACGCCUGUCGCCAGGAAUACUUUCACCUGGCCGAGGUUCUCGUCAGCCAGCUGAUGGCUCCCUACGAAACCAUAAAGGCGCCACCCGUGGCCAGAGACAACACAGUCCAAAUGGAGCUUGACGAGCCGCUCAAAAUAAAGCCAGAACAGUUCCCAGACCCAGCGAUGGAUGUGUGCAAGCAGGAGCCUCAGGAGCAGCAGCAAGAACAGGCUGCGUUUGCCAGCGAUCCGCCGCAGCAGCAGACUAUCUAUAAGAUCAAAUCGGAGGACGACGAGACUAAUGAGAUGGAGGCGGAGCCGCAGCAUCUGUCCACCUACUUUGCCAGUCCCGUGGGCAACGGUUUCGUGGACGAACUUUGCGAAACGAUUGGCCAGCUGGCCUCCCAGAGUGGCUACCUGCACGCCGAGUGCCUCUUUCUGAUCAAAAGACGCCUGGGAAGAUUCUUCGAGGGGCGCGACGUGUGCAGCGAGCGGGAUUUCCAAUACAUCAGCCGAGCGGUGCGCGGACUGAUUGCCCUGGGGGCGUACGCUUUUGGAGAGUUUAUUCCCUACGUUUACAAGCUGAAUGCGGAUGAGAUACCGGACAGCCUGUGGCAGGACUUGACGCCGGCUGCCGUCUUCCUAGAGGGCAGAGACGAUAUAUACUUGUACGAGUGGCUGGAGCAUGGCUGCGGGGCAUCCAAGCUGCAGCCAUUUAUGGUUCACUAUGCACGUGCGUAUGAGGAAAUGGUGACACGUCGCUAUGUGCGGGCCAAGACACCAGUCUACCGGAUUGAGGCGACACCUGGCGUACGUCGGCUGGAGUGGAGCACCUUGGCAGCGGCCAUGUGCCACGGCGACGAUCCCAGCCGGGCCCUCAAGCCCAAGCCCACAUUGAGGGAGGCAUUCCCCGAACUGCAGCUGCCGAAUCUACGGCACAACUGCUCCGGCAGCAUUCGCUUCAAGUUUGCGGGCUGCCGCCCCAUGCUGCUCAAGGCCAAGGCUAUGGCAGUGCCACAGGCAAUGGAUUCACCAUCCACCAUCAACGGAGGCAGCGGCAGUGGCAGCAACUCGGACAUACUCAUAGCCAGACGCAAGCUCUUCAAGCCGCUGACAAAUGUGCGACGAGAGGUGCCAACCAGUGGGUACCAUUACAUUAGGAUUUGAAUCAGAAGACUCAGAUUCUAGCUGUAUCUCAGUGUUCUUUGUUUUUGGGGAUCUACUUGGAACACCCUUUUUAAAUUAGGUCUACAAGAAAUCACAAAAUAAAUAUGUAUUUAUUAUCAAGUUAA